GCUAUUGUCGUGAAGGUAUGAGCUUUACUUCAUAAAAUGAGGCAAUUCAAAUGUGUUACAUUAGCGUUGGCGAUUUUUGCGUUAGCAUUUGACUCUUUGGAAUGCUCGAAAAUACUCGCGGUUUUCCCCUUUAUGGGCCCUUCCGAGUAUAUGGGCGUGCAACCGUUUUUGAAGGCUUUGGCGGCCCGCGGCCAUGAAAUCACUGCAGUAUCAGCAUUCCCACAAAAGACGCCAGUUAAAAAUUUUCGCGAUGUAACAUUAAAAGUUGAACACACCAAUCAUGACGAGAAUAUCGAAAGUUCACUUGAUAUGACUCAGAGUAAAUUGGAAGAGCUGCGUUCUUUGAACGAAUACGUAGUGGCGGGGGCUUUGGCUGCAUUGGAAAGUGAAGAUUUCCAGCAACUACUACGCUCCAAUCAACACUUCGAUCUCAUCAUUAUCGAAGUACUUUUUGUAGAUUCACUUUAUGCUUUGGGUCAUCACUUUAAGGCGCCCAUGAUUGGUGUUGCCACAUUUGGCACAACCGUUGUAAACGAUCAGUUGGUGGACAAUAUUUCACCGGUGGCGUACGUACCAGCACCUAGUGGAAAAAAUUUGGAUCGUAUGAAUUUCUGGCAACGAUUGGAUAAUUUGUAUAGUUACACAAUGGAACUGAUGUACAGUCAUUUAGUUACGAUUCCCCAGCAACAACAAUUAUAUGAAAAAUAUUUUCCAAAUGCCACAUUGGAUCUAAGAGAAGCACGCAGAGAUUUCGCACUUUUGCUGUUGAAUCACCACUACUCCUACGGUUGCCCGCGUCCUCUUGUGCCGAACGCUAUCGAAGUGGCUGGUAUGCAUAUCAAUAAUACGCGGAAUAAACUACCAGCUGGCAUGGAAGCUUUCAUCAACGCCUCUCCGAAGGGCGCAAUCUACUUUUCGCUAGGCUCAAAUUUGAAGAGCGCAUUUCUGCCCAAACAAAAAUUGGCUGCCCUUAUAAAUGCAUUUGCCAAACUGCCUGUGAAUGUGUUAUGGAAAUUUGAGAAUACUGACUUACCUGACAAGCCAAAGAAUGUCUAUAUCAGUAAAUGGUUUCCACAAUCGGAUAUACUCGCCCAUCCCAAUGUAAAACUCUUUGUUACACACGGUGGCAUGCAUAGUCUGAUAGAGGUGGUGCAUCAUGGCAAGCCCUUUGUGGGAAUGCCCGUCUUCUAUGAUCAGCACUUGAAUAUUGCGCGUGCUGAAGGAAAAGGUUUGGGUGUGAAACUUAACUUCAGAGAUUUCACCAGCGAGGACAUGCGCAAUGCUAUUCUUGAAGUGUUGAACAACCCAAAAUAUGCCGAGAAGGCAAAAGAGAUCUCAGCGAGUUUUCACGAUCGGCCGAUGACACCGCUCGAUACGGCGAUCUAUUGGACAGAAUAUGUGUUGCGUCAUAAAGGAGCGCCACAAAUGCGUGUGGCAGCGCGUCAUUUGAACUUCUUCCAAAGACACAGUCUGGAUACAAUGGCUGUGUUGUUCGGCGUUCCACUGCUUGCAGUGAUUUUAAUUGCUUUGGGGAUUCUUAAAGUGCUAAGUGCGAUAUUGAAUAAUAAUAGUAGUGCGUUGGGUAAAAAGCCGAAGAGAGAAUAGUUCAGAUUGUGAAGGGGAGUUUGGAAUUUUUCGGAAAAUUGUAAAUUAAAUAACUGCAAGAGACCUAGCGUUUAUAAGUAACAAAUACUUUUAAGAUGAACUAGAAUUAAGAUGUACAUACGUAAGGAAAUGGUACAAAAAUCAAACAGAAAAGAUAAAAUCAAAGUUAUUUUGUGUAUUCAGGCGAAACCUUCUGAAAUUAUCAAAUAGAUUGGCCUAUGUGUACAAGGAGAAGAGCACGCGUGAAAAUACCUAACUUUUGGUUUUGAAAGACGUCCGAUUCUACACAUUUUUUCUUCACGUACAAAAUAUUUAAAGGUAAUAACCCAAGUCACAUGAAACAGGUUGUUGUCCCGGCGAUUGGCGGCGGAGUUAAUAUAAUAUUUAAGUCUCCUUUUCGAUUAGCUGAAAUCUUAAUUGAAUUCAAUUGUUACAAGUUUUUGAAAAUUCAAUAUGUACAA